UUCAUAAAACCAAAUUAUAAAUACAAUUCUCCAUACAUGCAUUGAUACAACAGAGGCAUUAUAGAUUUAUAGUUGUCGCGAACAGGGGACGCUAGAACUCGGCCAGGCGCAUUUUAGCACUCACCAAAGCUCACCAUCCACAUCUCUUCCUUCAUCUGCUCACACACACAGAUACGGAUGUGUUAGCAGUUUCUGGAGCUUCCAGAAGAAAUAAUCUGUAGAGCCGUGUGUAAGGACUUCUCAGGCUUCGACAAAGCGUCGCCGUUUUCUCGCUUUCGGAUUGGACAUCCGUGGUGCUCCGGUCGUUGAAUGAUCGGAGUUCUGUUGAGUUCUUGGGAGUUGCGGGUUUAGAGGUAAAGGAGGGGGAGUUGUGGCAUGUUUGUGCAAUCACGUGUUUCCUCCUCGAUGUAUAAGAGAAUGCCGUCGAGAGAUUACAUGAAUGUUGAUGAUGUUGAUGCUGAUCAGGAUGAUGAUUUAGGUUUCCUCCAGAAUGGUGCUCAGCAAGAGAUGUCAAAUCCCUCCUGGAAAUAUUCGUGUCCACAUGUAAUUGUGGCAACAAUAGUUUCAUUCUUGUUUGGCUAUCAUCUUGGAGUAGUUAAUGAGCCACUCGAAAGCAUUUCCAUUGAUCUUGGAUUCAAAGGGGAUACACUCGCAGAAGGUCUGGUUGUCAGUACGUGUCUUGCUGGUGCUUUUGUUGGAUCUUUGUUCAGUGGUUGGGUUGCUGAUGGGAUUGGGCGCCGUAGGGCUUUUCAGUUGUGUUCGUUGCCCAUGUUUAUUGGUGCUUCACUAUGUGCAACAACUAAAACAUUAACAGGUAUGCUCCUAGGGAGGUUUUUGGUAGGAAUAGGAUUAGGUGUGGGCCCACCUGUUGCCUCUAUGUACAUUGCAGAGGUCUCUCCUGCCCAUGUAAGAGGUACUUUUGGCAGUUCUAUCCAAAUAGCAACAUGUCUUGGACUAAUGGGGGCUUUUGUUGUUGGGAUGCCGGUUAAAAGCAUAAUGGGAUGGUGGCGUACAUGCUUUUGGGUAUCUUUAAUUCCUACUGCUAUACUUGCACUUGGGAUGAUCUUCUGUGCUGAGUCCCCUCAUUGGCUUUAUAAGCAAGGUAGGCUUGCUGAAGCUGAAACUCAGUUUGAAAGAGUACUAGGAAGUUCCCAUGUCAGAACUGCAAUAUUAGAGCUGUCCAAGUUGGACAGAGGGGAUGAGAACGAAACUGUCCAACUCUCCGAACUGCUUUAUGGUCGACACUCCAGAGUUGUUUUUAUUGGAUCAACCCUAUUUGCUUUACAACAGCUAUCUGGAAUAAAUGCUGUGUUUUAUUUCUCUUCAACUGUAUUUAGACGUGCUGGAGUAUCCUCAAACCUGGCAAAUGUUUUCAUAGGAGUUGCAAACUUAACAGGCUCAAUUGUCGCGUUGAUUUUGAUGGACAAAUUAGGAAGGAGAGUUCUCCUCCUUUGGAGCUUUUUGGGCAUGGCUGUAUCAAUGGCACUUCAAGUUUUUGCUUCAACUAUUGCAUCAAACUCUGCUGCUUUCUUUCUUUCUGUUGGUGGCAUGCUCUUUUUUGUCUUAACAUUUGCCAUUGGUGCUGGUCCAGUUCCUGGUCUCCUCCUGGCUGAAAUAUUCCCUAGCCGGAUUAGGGCAAAAGCUAUGGCAUUUUGUAUGUCAGUGCAUUGGGUGUUCAAUUUCCUUGUUGGCUUGCUGUUCUUGCGUUUGCUUGAGAGACUUGGACCCCAGUUGUUAUAUGCUAUGUUUGGUGGCUUCUGCGUGAUGGCUGUGGGUUUUGUGAAGAAGAAUGUGAUGGAAACCAAAGGAAAAUCACUCCAAGAAAUAGAGAUUGCUCUUCUCCCCCCAGAAUAGAGGUAGCGCUUCAUUGUCUAAGAUUGUUGAAUUUAUCUGAACGAGCGAGCUUGAUCUCUAUGUUGUCAGAUUGAUAUGGUGAUACACUGUAAAACUGGUGACACGCGAAGUAGAGGGAGGCAUAUACUUGUAUUUGUCCAGCAUCUGCAGUGUUGUCUUACCUUCAAGUCCUUGCUAUAUUGGCUGAUAACUAGGUUAAAUGAGACUUUGUACAUUGAAAUCUACUUAUGCUGUAUGUACUAUGUACCAUGAUUUUCAGUAUGUUAUAUUGCAUUUCAUGAGUAGUAUUUUUGAUGCCA